CGGAAACAAAGAGAUUUGUGCAGAUUUUUUGGGGCUAAAAAACCGAAAAAGCAGUGAAAUGAAACCCGGUGUGUGAUGUAGGUUUAAGGAGAAGGUUGUGAAGACACGGACAGCUUCAUGAUGGCUGAAGAAGCUGCAGGAGCAGAACGAGGACCAGAGGAGGAAGAGGAGGGAGAAGGAGGGAGAGGAGGUGGAGGAGAGGAAGGAGGAGGAGAGGUCGCCGUGGAAACGCCCAACGCUCCUGUCUACUGCGUCUGCCGGAAACCAGACAUCAACUGUUUCAUGAUAGGGUGCGACAGCUGCACUGAGUGGUUUCACGGCGACUGCAUCGGCGUGUCAGAGAAAGCAGCUAAAGCCAUCAGAGUGUGGUACUGUCCGUCCUGCAGAGACAAAGAUCCGUCCCUGGAAAUCAAAUACCGUCCCAAAAAGACCAAGGAGAAGGAGGCGGAGCCAGAGAGGGAGGAGAAGCAUGAAGGGGACGGAGGCUCCACCCCACAGCCCAAGAUUGACAGGAGGCGGGGCUCGCAGAUAAAGCGUUCUGCUCGGAUGUGCGGUGAAUGCGACGCCUGUCUACGAACAGAGGACUGCGCUCAGUGCGACUUCUGUAAAGACAUGAAAAAGUUCGGCGGUCCCAACAAAAUCCGUCAGAAGUGUCGUCUGAGGCAGUGUGAGGUCCGAGCCCGGAAGAUGCUGCGAGUCCGCGAUGAGGAGAUAGGCCGCAGUGCAGGCAGGGGGCGGAGCCUGCCCAGGAAAGGGGCGGGGCAUCAGACAGAGGAAGAGGAGGAGGAAGAGGAGGGUUUCAGCGAGAGCGAGCUGGAGCUGUAUGAGCAGUACCGAGCCGCUGGAUACAGAGACCUGGUGUGGCAUCACAGCGAGGAAGAGGACUGUCAGUCGGACUCUCUGAGGAAGAAGGCUGUGAAGGUGAAACACGUGAAGAGACGAGAGAAGAAGACAGAGAAGAAGAAGUCGGUCUCUGCACCCAAAGAGGAGGUGAAACUCCGCCGACACAAGGCCAAGCAGCGCCACAGGGAGCGUGUGCGGCACAGCGAGCGAGGAGGAGAGGGCGGGGCUAAGGAUGUGGGCGGGGCUAUGAGACAGUGUCUGGGUCCGGGCUGCGUCGAACCGGCGAGGGCGAACUCCAAAUACUGUUCCGAGGACUGUGGCAUGAAGCUGGCCGCCAAUCGCAUCUAUGAGAUCCUCCCUCAGAGGAUCCAGCAGUGGCAGCAGAGUCCGUGUGUUGCCGAGGAGAUGGGGCGGAGACAGCUGGAGCGAAUCAGGAAGGAGCAGCAGGCGGCUAGGCUCCGCCUCACUCUGAUGGAGAAACGAUUCCACGAGCUGGAGGGCAUCAUCGCCAACGCCAAACUGCAGCAGGUCCAGCAGGACGAGGAGGUGACUGAAGGCGAGGGUGACGACACUGACCUCCAGAUCUUCUGCGUUUCCUGCAGCCAUCCCAUCAACCCAAAGGUGGCGCUGCGACACAUGGAGAGAUGCUACGCGAAGUAUGAGAGUCAGACGUCCUUUGGUUCUAUGUACCCAACACGUAUAGAGGGAGCUACCAGGUUGUUCUGUGACGUCUAUAACCCUCAGAGUAAGACGUACUGCAAGAGGCUGCAGGUUCUAUGUCCGGAACACUCCAGAGAUCCAAAGAUCCCUGCAGACGAGGUUUGCGGCUGUCCUCUGGUCAAAGACGUCUUCGAGCCGACCGGCGAGUUCUGCCGAGUGUCAAAGAGGAAAUGCAACAAGCAUUACUGCUGGGAGAAACUACGGCGAGCUGAGGUCGACCUCGAGAGAGUCCGAGUGUGGUACAAACUGGACGAGCUGUUCGAGCAGGAGAGGAACCUGAGGACGGCCAUGACCAACAGAGCAGGACUAUUGGCCCUGAUGCUUCACCAGACCAUCCAACACGACCCCAUCACCACCGACCUGCGCUCCACCAAAGACAGGUAGACAGACAGACAGAAAAGUAGAAGGUCUAAACGUAGACAGGUGAAGACAGGCGGUCAAGAUGUGGGUUUUUUUUUUUUUUUUUUUUUUUUGUAAAUCUGCUUUUAACAAUGAAAACAAAUGUAUGAAACCUUGUACUUGAUAAUUAUGACUUACUAUCUGAUAAUGAUGAAAGAAAACAUUAGGAUUUGAACAUUUAUCUCAAUGUUGGAAUGAAAAAAAAAGAAAAGAAAAAGGAAUAAGAGCUCAUAACGAAGGGGUAGUUUUUGUUUCCUCAUGUUUAAGCCUCAAGGGUUCAGUCAAAGUUUUACAGAACGUCCUGGAAUUUGACAGAAACAGUAACUUGGACUUGAAGAUUAACUGAAAAGAGUUUGACGAACAAAGGUCAAAGUCACUGUGGCCUAAAAAAAAACUGAAAAAACAAACACAUCUUCAGUGGUAACUGAAGAUUUCAAUGAUGCAAGAACACUGAACUUAUGGUUUUUCUCUUUAAAUAUUCACAUACCUGAGGUUUAUUACAAGAAAUAAAAAACACAUCUAUAGAAGUUGUAUCACAUGGUUAUUAUAUUAAUAUCUCACAGUAUAUGAAUCUUGUGAACUCUGAAAUUAGGCCUAAAACGCUCUUCAGUUAUUAUUAAUAAUUAUCUCAGUAAAUGUAAAAUCUUUUUUUGUCAUUUAAAGGCAAAUUUUAUCACUCUGUGUGAAAGCUAAAGAAACUCGUUGGUUAUUUGUGGUUUUAAAUUAUUCAUAAAUGACACAACAGGAUGAAACAAGAUGAAACUGACGCAACAAGAUGAAAAUGACAAAAAAUUAAAUGAACAGAAGCACAGAACAAGACGUAUCAAGAAAACACUAAAGAAAUUAUUAACAUUAAAGUAAAAUAAAGACAGUAAGUGCAGUCCGCGUCUUUAUUCAGUGAGAUGAAAAAAAGUGAUUUAUGGUUUUAAAUAUGUAAAGUAUAUCGUCAACAUGCCAAAAUGGCAUUUUAGAACCAGGGUGAAUAAAUUAACUCAGAAAAAACAAAGAAAAAUGACAUCAUAAUCAUUAUCAGUAAAAGCAGCAAAAUAAUUGGAACAUAUUUAUGACAAUUUAUAAAUGAAUGGUUCUAAUUUAUCUGAAACCAACCGUCCCCAGAUAAUUCAUUACAGUUAAUCAAUUAAGACCUGAUUAACAUGUAAAACCCUCUCGUACUGGGUCAGUGGUAACAGAGCAGGUCAUGUUGCGUUCAGGGGCUUCCCUUUACGGUCGGACUGAUGGGCUUCAAUGAACAAUCAAAAACCAGUACUGAACCUGAUGAAUCACAGGCGACUGUGGAGAAGCAACGCUACGUUUAUGGUAAAUAAAUAAAUGAUGCUAUAAAAUAAUCCCUCAAUAAAGAACAAAAUUUAGAGAUAAAAGUUUUCAUUGUCCUGUAAAUAUUCAGGUUUAUUUUGAAAAUAAUUAUGAAUAUGAACAGAAACCAAAAAAUAGAUGAAUAAAAAUAUCUAAAUUAUUUUUUAUCUCAUUAUUUCCAGAUUUACACUCACUUGUAAACUGUUUACAUUAUUUCUGUUUUAAUAAUUUCUCUAUAUAUUUAUCUCUGCUUGUAUUUAUUUACGAAUAUGGUAAUGAGUGGGCGGGGCUUAACAUGUCAUUUAGCAGCCGUUGGUCCUGAAUCAAGUCCUCCCCUUAUUAACAUAUUUGUAGAUGAAUGAAUAAACAACUUAUUAAUGAAUAGAAAAAAUAAAUUAAAAACAAACACAUGUAAACACACAAGUAUAAUUUCAGAGAUAAUCUUAAAUUAAAAUACAGGAAUUUAUUUUUUCAUUUCUGUCCAUAUUCAUUCUAAAAAUAUAUAACUGAGACUUUUAUUUCUGUAUUUCUUCAUUGAAUACAUAUUUUAUUGCAUCAUUUAUUUAUUCAUGCAUCAUAUAAUUGUGAUUGUGAGAUCAAAAUAUCUACAGAAUAAAGAAUAAAUCAGAUAAUAAGUCACAAUUAUUGAUUAUAAAACGUGAUAAUGUAAUAUUUUCUUUUUGGUUGAAUGUAUUGUUGUCACACCAGAGUGUUUUUAUCCUCAUCGUGAGUGAAUCUGGAUCAGAUCAGGGUCAUUAAACCUCCAGGUGCUGUUUUUGUGUUUCUGCCAGCGUUCAGAUAAACCUGAGGUCCCUGAACUCCUCACAACUGUUUACAGCCGAUACGUAUCAAUAAUCAAUCAGUUACAUCAGCAGAUAAUCUCAGUGGCAGAGUGUGGAGAAAUGACACUAAAAUAAAUGACACUCCACGAGUACCCACUACCCACAAUUCCGCUGGCACUGAGGUUAUCGUUGCUAUGGUGAUGUAAAUCCACAGACGCACAA